AAACUUAUUAUAUAGUGUGUUUGAUUUUUCAUCAUGGCUCGCAACUCAGAAAAGGCCAUGACGAAACUGGCUCGUUUUUACACAAUGAAGCUUAACGAAGGCAAAGUUACUGAAAAGCGACCAUAUAUGGCGUCUGAAUGCGACGAUUUGAAGAAAGCUGAAUACUGGAGGCGCGAAAUAAUCGGAGAAAUAUCCAAGAAAAUCUCUCAAAUUCAGAAUCCGGGGUUAGGAGAAUUCAGAAUACGAGAUUUGAACGAUGAAAUCAAUAAAUCACUGAGGAUUAAGUAUCAUUGGGAAAACAGAAUAAUAGAGCUUGGAGGUCCAAAUUAUAAAAGGUAUGGACCAAAAAUGAUAAACGCGGAGGGAUUGGCAGUUCCUGGUGGCGACGGAUACAAAUAUUUUGGAGCGGCGAAAGACCUUCCAGGUGUGAGAGAGUUGUUUGAAAAUGAGCCGCCUGCUCCUCCAAGGAAAACGCGUGCAGAGUUAAUGAAGAAAGUGGAUGCUGAUUACUAUGGGUACAGGGACGAUGAUGACGGUGUUUUGCUAGCUCUAGAAAAGGAAGCUGAAAAGGAAAUGAUAAAACAGUCAGUAGAAGACUUUAAAAAUGGGCUGGCGACUCAAACCACAGAGGAUAUUGAAUCGGCGAUCGCUUUUGACGAUGGAACCGGGAACACAGUCGAGGACAUUCCAAUUGACCAACAAGUACCCCUUGAUGAACCACUUCAAAACUUUGUAUCGUACGUUCCAGACAUUCCUAGCCAGCAAGAAGUGGAACAGAAGUUAUUACAGGCGAAGAAGAUGGAACUUCUUAAACAGUAUGCUAGCGACCAGAUGAUUCAGCAGGCAGAAGAAAGCAGAAGAAUUUUGGGAUACUCGGAGUGAAAAAAAAACAGCUUCUGGAUUCUCUCAUAAGUAUCAAGUUCGAGGUAGUCUCUCCAAGUUAUGAACUCUCGCCAUGACCGAAAAGCAUAUAACGGAGUGUGUUGUCAGUUAAUUCAACUUAAAAACUAUUUAUGCGAAAGUUAAGCCGUUACUGAGCUUCAAAUGCUGUGUUGUUCCUGAAUUUAUGUACUACUUGAAUAAGUUCACAAAGACAUCUCCAUUCGGAUCACCCUUUUUGAUUGAAAUAGCGUCGAGGUUAAAUUACUGCUUUGAAGAUACUUUCAUUGCAUAUAAUUUUGCCGUAAAACGUUUUUGUUUUAUUAAGAGUCCACAUAUUACUAAAUAGAAU